UCGCAGACGGAAACAAGUCACCAGAAAUCAUCGUCCGUCAAGCAAACACCUUCCAGGGGCAUUUUAGUAAAUAAAAAAAUAUAUAUCUCCAAUUCAUAUCUCCCUGUCUAAUCUGUUGUCGUUGUUUAUUAAAUUGAAGCCGAAGCAAACGAACUCGCUCUCUCCAACUUUGCAAUUUUAUUUCGCUUUAUAUUUAUCUCUCCCUUCCUCUAUUUGCGAUCUACUGGUUUCAAGCUGAGGCGGAGGCGGUGUUGCAGCAAUUCGCGUCACCUCUUUGGGAUCACUUUUCGUCUCUCCCUCCCUCCCUAAAUUAACUCCAUGGCGUCGGAAAAUUUCACUGACAAAAACGUGGUGUUCAGAAAACUGAAAGCGAAAUCGGAUAACAAGAUGUGUUUUGACUGUAAUGCGAAAAAUCCUACUUGGGCUUCAGUAACGUACGGGAUCUUCCUGUGCAUCGACUGCUCUGCUGUUCACCGUAGUCUCGGUGUACACAUCAGCUUCGUUAGGUCUACGAAUUUAGAUUCAUGGAGUCCAGAGCAAUUGAGAACAAUGAGCUUUGGGGGAAAUAAUCGCGCUCACGCUUUCUUUAAGCAGCAUGGUUGGACUGAUGGGGGGGAAAUUGAAGCCAAGUAUACAUCUAGAGCUGCAGAGUUAUAUAGGCAAAUACUUUCAAAAGAAGUUGCUAAGAGUAUGGCAGAAGAAGCUGGCUUGCCAUCAUCCCCUGUUACUUCUAGGUCAGCCCAAGCAGCAAAUGGACUUCCUGAUGUCAAGAUUAAUGAUGCUCCUAAAGAAAUCUCAUUAGGAAAACAAGAAACACCUGAUAUAGUUCGUUCCCCAAAAGCUUCUCACUCGGUUAUUACCAGUUCUGUGAAGAAGCCGCUUGGUGCAAAGAGAACUGGGAAAACAGGGGGGCUUGGUGCAAGAAAGCUUGCUACGAAGCCUAGUGAAAAUCUCUAUGACCAGAAGCCUGAAGAGCCAGCACUUCCUGUAACUUCCACAACUAACAACAACAACAACAACAACAACAACAACAACACAAAAGCUGGCACAUCUUUUGCAUCUCGCUUUGAGUAUGUAGAUAAUGUUCAACCUGCUGAGAUGAUUUCUGGUGGCCCACAAGUGAUUAGUCAUGUAUCUCCGCCAAAGUCAUCAAGCUUUUUUGCAGAAUUCGGGAUGGAAAGCGGUUUUCCUAAGAAAGGAAGCUCAAACUACUCAAAAGUUCAACAUGCAAGUCUAGAUUUUGCAAAUUAUGUCUGUCCAGUAAAAAGAAAUAAGGGUCGUCAGUUCUCAUGGAGUAUUUGUGGGAACAUCAAUAGAGUGACAGCUUUGUGUUUUUACCUGAAACUACAUAGUGGAGUUUUUAAGUUAAUUUUAUUUUGUAUUUCAAUGUCAUUGUUUUGAUUUCACUAGGUUUUUGUGUUGGUAUUAUAAAAAAGUCUUGAGUUGAUGGGUUUCCUAAUUCACUUAUGUGCAAGUCUCGUGGUGCUUACUCUUACCUAAAUGCUUUUCUUUUUAGCAUGAUUCUGUACUUACUGAAUAAUGGGUAUAUUAAAUUUGUAUUUUACAUCAUCAAAGGGGUGUUUAUAUUCUGUUAUGAGAUUACCUGUAAGUCAUUCCUUUUCAAUAAGAGGAUUUAAAACACAGUUGAUUUUGUCUGAGAGUUUAUGUUUAAGAACCAUGAAGAUAAAUAUCAUAGAAUAGGUAAUGUUUCUGCAGAAACCUUCUCUCUGUUGGCUGUGACACUUUUGUGUAUCUCAAUUUUUUCUUCUCUAGCUGCAUAUAAAAAGGAUCUUGAUAUUAGUGGUGUUUUUCUUGCUCAGUAACAGUCUUGAUAUUUUAUGUUUUCUAUUAUUUGUUAGCAUUCUUGUCAUCAAUCACUUUACUUAUGUUUUGGGAAUUGCAUGUGACAUUGGAGAUGUUAUGCCCAUUGUUACUGGAAUUUUUCAGAUGACACUAGUGAUUUAGUCAGCAAGGAAUUUGUUUGUUUAGUUCUGUACUUGUUUGUUCAUACAUCCUGUUAUUAUCAGAUUCAGGAAACAGAUGAAGCAAGAAAGAAGUUCUCAAAUGCAAAA